GGGCUCGGGUGGGUCUCUGGCAUCUCGCUUUUCAAGUGUCGUGUCCACGUGGGAAGUGAGACGCGCCCGCUGCCGCCCUCAGCGAGGCCUGGCCGUGCGGGUGUGGCCUGCCGCGGGGACGCUCGAGGCGACCGAGGCCCAGCAGCCGGGCGCGGCGGCCGACGGGGGCGAGCGACCUCCCCCAGCUGCGCUCCGGGCUGCACCGUGUCCCGGCGCCGCCGCACUCCUGGGUCACCCACCGGCCGCAGUCACACACACACCCCGGACACACACACGCACACCUGCACACACGUUCACGCACACACCUCCGACACACACAAACCCUAACACACACCUUGACACCCACACACCUUCACACACCCCCAACGCACACACGCACACCGACGCACACAGACACACACCUACCCAUACACACAAACCCCAGCACAUACACCUUCACACACACACACACACACACACACACACACACACACACACACACACACACACACACACACACACACACCAUCCUUCCAGAGCUGAGCCUGCCAGAGUUCAGAGUUCCCACGGGGCCGUUUUCUUCCCGGUCUGGGGUCUGCCCUUGGUUGGCCCCAGAAUUCCCUCGUUGGCCACAGACCUUUUCACCUGUCACUGUCCUGGUUGUAAGGUUUGGGGGCUCAAGAGCUAUUCCUGUGACAGACCGGUGUCUCUCCCCACAGCAUUUCCCUGCUCAAAGGAGGCCGCACUCGAACCCCUGCACCGUGGAAACGAAUCCAUCCAGAGAGGCGCCGAGCAGAGGUCCUGCUCCAUCAGCUAUUUGGGGACCAAGAAGCCACAUCUGGAAGCGGACCCGGUUGAGUACCGCGGGCCCCCGAAGCAGGACGCGCCUUCCUAAGGUGAGCAAAUGACUGAGCUCCAGGUUCCUUGUUUCCUAGGAAACAGAUAAAAAGUCUGGAUAUCUUUUUAAGAGAGUGGACUUAGAUAUCUAGUAACUGAAGCAAUUCCCUACAGACUCCUAUUAGAAGAGAUGGGGCAGUUCAGUAAUUUGCAAUCAGGAUUAUAUUGGGAAUCUUCAUGGAGGAAUUCAUGGGAACACUGAACAAAAUUACUUCAGAAAUAGAGAAAAGUAUCACAUAUUUCCAGAAAUAAGAGCAGUGUGGUGACUCUUCAAAGUGAUUCUUUUUAAAACAUGGAAAGUGAGAAACACAUAUCUUUAGCAAGCCUAAUAGUCACACAAGACAAGUCAGUGACAUACUGUAAGAAUGAGCCCCAAUAUCAUGAGGAAAGCAAAAGUCUCUCUAUGAGUGAAGAAAGCAGUGAGAGAAACACAGUAGAGAGGAAAAGUCUUCCCAUGGACCACUGUUCAGAGAACCUUCAAACGAAUCUUGUGUCUGAGGUAUCAGAACCAGCCUCACCCUUGUUAGGUGAUGAGGCAAAGUACCAAAAUGGCCAGUACAAAGACUCCUCAGACCCCUUUGACUCUAAGUGCAAAGACAUUGAUGGUUAUAAAUCAAGGGCAGUCCAUCGGAGUCAUCAGCAAGCUCCCACGAACGAGAGUCGUGACUGUGGAGAAACACACAGCAGUAGCUCAGACUGUCAACCGUGUGAGAAAGUUCACACUGCUGAGCCGGGACACAGAUGUUGGUGUAGUCAGGCCUUUGGUGAGAGCUCGGCGCUACAGCUCCAUCAGAGAAACCACAUGGAAGAGAAACCUUACAAAUGUGAGCAGUGUGCAAAAGUCUUCACCAAGAGCUCAAGUCUCCUCAUCCAUCGAGCCAUCCACACAGAAGAGAAACCUUACAAGUGCGACAAGUGUGGAAAAGGCUUCACCAGGAGUUCCAGUCUGCUCAUUCAUCACACAGUUCAUACCGGUGAGAAGCCUUAUAAAUGUGACAAGUGUGGGAAAGGCUUUAGUCAGAGCUCCAAGCUGCACAUCCACCAGCGCGUGCACACUGGUGAGAAGCCCUAUGAGUGCGGGGAGUGUGGGAUGAGCUUUAGUCAGCGCUCCAACCUCCACAUCCAUCAGCGAGUCCACACAGGAGAAAGGCCCUACAAGUGCGGAGAGUGCGGGAAGGGCUUCAGCCAGAGUUCAAACCUUCACAUUCACCGUUGCAGCCACACAGGGGAGAAGCCCUACCAGUGCUAUGAGUGUGGGAAAGGUUUCAGUCAGAGCUCAGACCUCCGCAUCCAUCUCAGAGUCCACACAGGAGAGAAGCCCUAUCAUUGUGGCAAAUGUGGGAAGGGCUUUAGCCAGAGCUCCAAACUCCUCAUCCACCAGAGAGUGCAUACUGGAGAGAAACCCUAUGAGUGCAGCAAGUGUGGGAAGGGCUUCAGCCAGAGCUCCAAUCUCCACAUCCACCAGCGGAUUCACAAGAAAGAUCCUCAUUAAAUGGUCCUGUUCAAUCAUGGCGCUAAUACAAUCUCCAAAGGCUGUUAUUUCUAAUGUCUUGUUUAUUCUGAAUGACAAGAAUUUUUCAGAUUGUUCUCUCACUGAAAUUCACUCAUUCAAAAUAUUUAAGUGCCAAGAACUCUUUGUUAUAAUAUACAAUAAGUUAUUUCGUUCCUCAAAUGAAAAUGUCUGUACUCUGCAGUUCAGCCA